AUGGUGAGCCAUGGCCGCCAUACGCGGGCCGUAAAGCAAUGGAAGAAUCGGCUAAAAGAUCCGUCUCCCCGGGAAGCUGGCAGCCGGAAGUGGUUGUCCUUGCUGUUCACAGUGUUGGUGCUUUGCUGUGUUGCGUUCCGAACCGUUCAGUGCCAAGGGGAAGAGGUGGACGAUUUCGGUGAUGAGCUUCACCAUCCAGAUCGAGAUUUCGAGCAAGUGCCAGCUCCAAGCAGUAAGGAGAUCAUCACCAAUCACAUCGUUUCCGGAGCGGCCGGUGACGACGGAGGCAACGUCGGUGACUCACACUAUCAGUUCGAUGGCGAUACAAAUGGUGGUGGUGGUGUGGGUGCUGGAGUGGCCGGCAGUGAGCGGUACACGGAGAUCGGUGGCGAUGUAGUCCUGGGCGAGAAGGUCCUGCGGGCUUCCGAGAGCCCUUACUCGCUCCGGACGGAUCUGGAAGUGGAGCGAAGGGCACGCCUGAUCAUCGAGGCCGGCGUGACGAUCCACUUCGCCCCAAUGGUUGGCAUUACGGUGCGCGGUUCCGUGGUAGCAUUGGGAAAUGCGGAGAAUAAAAUCACUUUAACCACGCUUCCAAAUACUGGAUACAAUGACAUCCCUUCCGAUCCUCGAGAAGCCGGUGCCCGCUUGGUGGACGGUCCGAAUCCGCUGGCCGGGCGUCUGCAACUCCUCAACCAUGGCAAGUGGCGUUCGGUUUGUUCCAACUCGAAGAACUGGACGAUCGCUGACUACGAAACAACCUGCCGGCAGAUGGGCUACAAGGGUGGCCGGUUUUGGAACUGGAUGGAUCGGCUGCAGAACUACGAGCCCCGGCUGCUGUACGAGGAACCGCGCUGCCUGGGGACGGAGGGUUCGCUGUUCGAUUGCGCCUGGAGCUCGAAGCAGGUCGGAUCGGGUGUGUGCGACUACCACAGCGACAUCGGGGUGCAGUGUUUGCCGCUGUUCGACCAGGUGACGCCCCACUGGCGCGGGCUGAGGUUCGAGAAUGCCGAAAGCAAGGAGACGCUGUCGUACAACCACGUGCUGUACGACUCGAUAUCGUUGUCCCAGCUGAGGUACGUCGAUAUAGUGCGGGCCGGAACGGGGCGCGGUGGAUCGGCCGAGGCGGCCAUCGCGGUGCUGGGAGUUCCACCCGUGCUGGACUACGUGACGGUCGACCAUUCGUCGUACACCGGCAUCAACGUGACGCGGCACGACGCCGCGUUCAGCUUUCGCAACGUGGUCGUCCGAAGGAGUCGCGGGUUUGGAAUUUUUAUGAACUCCAGCUACGGUGCGGCCCACCUGGAGGGGGUUACGGUGAGCGAGAACGGGGCCGAUGGGAUCCGCUACGUCGGACACGAUCUGCGCGCGGACGAGCGAACCGACCGGAGCAAGGUGUUCGACUUUUGCACCCUCACCUCGACGGCCUGGCAGAUCUACCCGCUGCAGCUGUCCUUCGAGCAGUCGUCGUUCGCGCUGUCACCGAAGGAGUGUGCCCGAUCGUUUGAAACGGCCUUCGGGUACGUCCUGACGAUGCACUUUGUGUACUUCGAGGUGGCCCGGAACGAGACGGCACAGCUUUCCGUGUACGACGGGAUGUCGGAGAACGAUCGGCUGCUGGCGACGUGGGACGUGCGCAACUUCACCCGACCGCAGACCCUCACCAGCACGCGGGAGAAGCUCUAUAUCAAGCUGCGUGCCGAGGCACGGUCCGCCGUGUUGGCGCACUUCCGCGUGACGUCGGGCAUCACGAAGGCGUUCGAUCUGAACGUCACCCAGAGCACGGUCGUGGACAAUGGUGGCCGGGGGAUCGCGGUGGACAACCUCCGAUCGCAGGUGCACGUGCACGAGACCACGAUCGCCAACAAUCGACACGCGGCUGGACUGCACGUGACAAGCGGUGCUGGGGAUGUGAACGUGACACAAUCGAGGAUAAACUUCAACCAGGGCGACGGUAUCAACAUAACGUACUUCGGUGGAAAUAGGAAUGUGUCCCGUAGCUCCAUCGACUCCAACCGGGGCUACGGGUUUGCCGUUUGGCUUAACCAGACGACGAAGGAUCGUCGGGAGUUCCUCGAGUUCAACCAAACCACUACGAUCGAGUACUCGAACUUCGUAAAGAAUCUCGAAAUCGGAGUACUGCACGGGAACUUCUGCGGGGACUCGUGGGUCAACGUUACCGGAAACCUGUUCAACGAUAGCACGAGUGACGCGGUGGACAUACAAUCGUGCUGGUUCGAGACGCGUGACCAACGUCGACUUCGGUUACAGAUCGGACACAACAGUUUCGAGCACUCGCGGCGAAUCGGGAUCGUCAUCAGUCCGAUACUCAAUCUUGACGGACGGAUCGAGCAUAAUCACUUCUCCCGCGGGUACUACGGAGCGUUGUUGACCCGCAACAAACCGUUGGAGGAGUUCCGACCGUUGCCCGUGCGGAUGAUCGUGCAGCACAACCACUUCAUGAACAACGAGGGAAUUUAUGUGGCCUCGCUGGGUCUCUCGCCGAACACGGAUAGCAAAACGCAGUCGAUGCUUUUUACCAGGAACUUUGUGAAAGGGAAUCGAAUCAAGGAAGCGUUCGGGCCGCUCGAGGACGAAGGUGAAGGACUCGGUGGCGAAGGUCGGUUGAAUCCACGGUCGCGUGUUGCCGCACCGGUUGUGAUCUCGUCGAACAAUGUCGACGUGUUCCGGAACAUCAUCUCCAACCAAGAGUCGCGGUAUGAAGUUGGUUCGCAACUGUCCGACCAGAGCAAGGCACUGAACGUCACGUACAACUGGCUCGGCAAUCAGGACGAGGAGAAAAUCUACGACCGACUGUUCCAUCGCAAGGAUCGGUUCGAUCUGGCGAAGAUCGAGUACUUCCCGUACCUGCUGCAUCACUCGAACCCGGGCACGCAAACGAUCGCGCAGUAUCAGAAGUUUGUGCCGUUCUUCCACAAGGAGGGCAGCGAGCGCAUCGGUGGCGAAGUGGAUGGACAGGAGAUCCUUCCGGCGGGUAGCUACACGGUCGAGCGGGACAUUAACGUGCGCCCGGGAGGAAAGUUGAUCCUGAACUCGGGUGUUAUCCUUAACUUCGCACCCAGCGUUGGGAUGAUGGUGACCGGGAAGCUGGAGGCGCGGGGACGCGCCCCGGACGAUAUUCUGUUCACGCUGAAGCGGGAAGCGGUUAUGCUCGAGAACGAUACCACCGAAGCGAUCGUCGAGGAUCCCGACUUUGCGAUGGACAUCGAAACGGAAUCGAUCGUGGAGAAGGCUCCUCAUGAGCCGCAAAUUCCGAAGAUCCCGGUCCGACUCGUCGGUGGUGCGAACGACCACGAGGGUCGGCUGCAGGUGUACACGGAGGGUGUUUGGGGUACGGUGUGUGAUUACGGUUGGACCAUCACCAAUGCGGCGCUGGUUUGUCAUCAGCUUGGGUUGGCACUGAACCCGAUGGAUUGGCGCUUGCAACGGUCCGAGGUCCCGGGGGCUGGCACCACAGAGGACGUGCUUCUUUCGAACGUUCGCUGUACCGAGCACGAUAUCGACAUCACGAAGUGCCGGGCGGAACGAGCCUCUCAGGGAGAUUUUCAAAAUUCCUGCGGACACGAGAACGACGUCGGUGUCCGGUGCUACGAGGGAGCUUGGGCGGGACUGCGCUUUGGGGUGCUUGCCGAACGGGCCGAUCUGCAGUACGUGACGAUCGAAAAGGCCGGCCUGUUUGAUUACGUAACGAACACGUUCAAGCCGGCGUUGCAGAUGGAUUUCGCCCGCCACAACCUGGACAGUGUGCGGGUGGUGGAGAACCUGCACGAUGGGCUGGGCAUCAUCUACUCGGACAUCUACGCCGGGUCGUCGGUGAACAACGUGAAAAACUCGGAGUUCGCCGGGAAUCGGGGCAACGGAAUCAGCAUUAAGCAGCUGGGCUUGAAGGUGCAAGGAAGUAUCGUGAAGGACAACCGUGGAUCGGGCAUCAACCACGAUCAGGUGGUUUCUUCGCUUGAGCAGCGUGAAAUAACGGGUUGGUUCAACAUGGUUCCGGAUUUCAACGUGGACGACUCAGACUACCGGCCGAUCAUGCUUCCCGACAGCCGCGUCGCCAACAUCGACAUCGAUCAGUGGCAGAUAAAGCACAUCAUAACGACGCCCGUCCGGAGCGAUCCAGUGGAGCAGAAGGUUAUAAUCCAAUGCCAGCCAGGGUACGUGAUUGGAAUUCAGCUGUUGAACCCGAUAGAAAAUCGUUCCACGGAAGAUAUCUGGGUGUACGAUUCGCUGACCGGAAGUACGGAGUCGGAUGUUUGGCAGGUAAAGCGUGAUCUUUCCGUGUUUCCCCUGACAACGAGCAGCUACGGAGCGAUCUUGCAAUAUCGCAGUGGUGCGGGUGCACUCGGUGGGGCGGUUCUGGUGCUACGAUCGAUCCAAGCUCCCAUACAGAACAUGUACAACCGAAUCGUGCGUGGACCGGUACCGACGCUUCACGUCACGUCCACCAAAAUUCAGCGGAACUUCCGUGGAAUCACCGGGACGUACUACAACCGCUACUUGGGCGAAUCGAGCGAGCUGUACCUGCGGAAGGCAAACGAAUCGAUUAAACUGGUCAACUGCGAGAUAAGCCACAACCGCGAGGAGGCACUGUUCAUACACUCUCCGUUUUGGGAUGUGCACGUGAGCAACAUCUCGGAGGUUACGAUCCACAUCAACAACAGUCUCAUCCGGGACAAUGGACGGGGUGUGCGGCAGUUUUCGAAAGAUCUUAGGUCAUCGAACAACUUGUUCCACUACGUCCUGCAAGACACGACGGUGGAAAGCAACUCGAACGGAGGCUUGGAGCUGAGCCUUCCGUACGUGUGGCAGUACAACGAAAACUUCACCCACUCGGUGUUCCUCGGCAACGAUACGUGGGCUCGAAACAGGAAGUUUGGCAUCCUGAUCGACGGACACUACGCGGCGAUCAACAUUUCGUCGAACAUUUUCACCGAAAACGUGUGCGCGCAGGGUCUGAUAGGGUUCCGAGGCAUGGAGAAGAAGAUGCGCAUCGACAACAAUCGGAUCACGCGCAACUACGGUAGUUACAUGGUGGAGUUCCGGUCGGACAGUCAGAGCGAGAUACUGGGCGAAAUUCCGGCCAUGCUGGCUUUCAAUCAGAUCGAAAGCAACGAGGAGCUGAAGGACACGCGCUCCUCGAUGCGUAACUUCAUCCGGGGCGAGCGUAGUAACGCGAACGAUCCGACGUGUGUGAUCGGGUUCGGCGGUGUGCAGAAGGUCCAGAUUCAUCGGAACGUUAUUUCCAACAAUCAGCAAGAUUACGAUCUGAUUGCGGGUGUGAAAUCGGCCCGGUUGCGUAACUAUUUGGACGCACGCGAGAACUGGUGGGGAAGCAGCGACGAGCUGCACAUCCGGAAGCGUAUUUUCGACUUUGACGAUUGGAACAAUCACGCCGAGGCGCUUUAUCGGCCGUAUCUGGUCGAGGAUAUGAUCGAUGGCAGUAUUUCGGGACGCGAAGGAUCAAGUCCACCGGUCGAUCUAGCUGCCCUGGGUGGACGUAUACAGGAGAACUUGGAAAUCUUCCGGCGGGAGGCACCGUACGUGAUACGCGCGGACAUUACCGUCAUGCCGGGGGUUACGUUAAGCAUCCAGCCGGGCGUGGUGAUGGAGUUCGCGCCAAAUGUGGGCAUUUUGGUGCUCGGGACGCUGGUCGCGCGAGGAACCAGCGACGCGCUGGUGGUAAUGAGGCCGAUGGCGAGUGCUUCCGAGGCGUUGAAUCGUGUGGAGCGGUCGCUGGAGAACAUGGUCAACUACGAUUCGAUCCGCCUGUGUACGACUCGGAACUGUACCCAAGGGGACGGCGAGAACGAGCGGGCGCGGGAAGGUUUCCUCGAGUACUACAACCACACGACACUGCAGUGGAUACCGAUUUGCGAUCGACGGUUUACGGAGCGCAACGCGCAGGUUGUCUGCCGCGAGCUUGGAUACGAUCCGUUGGACGUUUUCUUCGGGCACGAUCGUCGGAUUGAGUUUCACACAAACUCGCUGACGCGCAUCUGGAGCUGGGUCGAACCGAUGGAGUGUCACGGGGACGAGCUGCGGUUGGAGGAGUGUCCGGAGCGUUUGAACGGUCAGCUGUACGGGCGGAGACACGAGUGCCAGUGGGACUCGGAGUUCGUGUUCAUCAGCUGCAACGGAGAGCCGGACCGGCGCAAUUACUGGGGCGGUGUACGCUUCGCCAAUCCGGACUUUGAGGCCAGUAUCUACGAGGACCGACUGCACGAUACCGUGACGCAUUCGAGCACGCGUCCACAGCAGAGCAUAAUGGACUUUGUGCGCAUCGACCGAGCGGGCAUGUUGCACGGGGAAAAAUCUCCGGCGAUCCAAACGAUCGCCAAAACCCCCACCAUCAGCUCGGUGACGAUCAGGGAUAGUGCGCACCAUGGUGUUAAUCUGAUCUCGCCGACGAAUGCAAUCCAUCUGAACCAUCUGCAGAUUUUGCGCACGCUCGGACAGGGCAUCAAUGCGAUCUCGCUGACCGGCGAAGGUCGCGAAAGCGACGAAUCGAGCUACACCCCGCUGAAAGAUCUCGAUCUGCCGUACAAUCUGUUUUCGAUGAUCGACAUCUGCGACACGAACAAGGAGAUCACGCUGGAGGAGCGUGUCCUCGUGUACUACAAGUACGACAACAAUCCGGUCAACUGUGUGAAGAUUUUCAAGAGCGCGUACCGCGUGAAACCGCUCGGAUUCCGGCUGCUGCAGUCGAACCUGUUCAAUCACUCGAAGGAGUACGGGCGGCGGGACAUGAUUCAGCUGUUGGACGGUGACAUCUAUAACAUUUCGGCACGCGUCAUCGGUACGGUCGAUGCCGACUCGGACAAUCAGAAACGGUUGUUCCGUACGAUCGAGCCGGCGCUCAGUGUGAGGUUGAUUGCUAGUGGCGCUCCGGCUAGGCACGGUUUCAUUGCCGAGGUUGUCACAUUGCCCAUCUCGGCGAUUGGAUUUAACCGGGAUGCACAGCACAAUAUAUCGAACACGGAGAUUAUGGGAUGUGUUGGGGGAGCGCUGCAAUACACCUCGGUCGGGGAGGUAUCCCCGAUACUGACGCUGGAGAGGAACCGCAUCGUGCAAAACUGUCGGCAGCUGUACGGGAAUUUCUCCUCCUGCGAGUCGGCGCUUCGAAUCGAUGUGCAGAAUAUGCAAUCGUUGCAUUUUAGGAAUAAUCUCAUCGAGGCCAACCAAGGAGGUCUCUCGAUUCGGGCGGACUCCCGUGGUUCUGCUACAUCGCUCCGUGGAUGGAUUCACCACAAUCUGUUCGUACGCAAUCGCAAUCGGCCCGCGAUUUACGUCGAAGGACGCCAGUCUUCCCCGUACCAGGAGGUGAUCAUGCACAACAAUUACAUCACCCAGAACCGUGCCACUUUCCGGGAUGUGGUCGUCCUGCGGCAGGUUGUUUCCAACUUUACCUACAACUAUGUGCACCGUAACCGAGGCCAGCGAAUCGUGCAGGUGUCCGGUUUCGAUCGGGUACGGCUACCGAUCUAUCAAACAACAACACACAAUGGAUUCUACGACAACGUUGCAACGGAUUGGGAAGGUCGAGCUACCAUCGUCGCCGGUACGGCCGGGCAGCAUUAUAUCGAUAAUAUUUUUGCCAAUCCCGACAACGACUAUGAAAUCAUUACCGUCAACCGUUCGAUAAUCGAUUUCCAGUACUGGAAUAGCACCCUGGACGUGUGGAAGACAAAAAUCGACGCCCGCCACAACUACUGGAGCUACAACGAAACGCUGGCCGUGAGCUCGCGUAUUCGCGAUCGUUUCGACGAUCCGCAGCUGCUGGAAGUUUCCUUUCUCCCACUGCACAUGAACAACCUGACGGUGCUGGAUGGGAAAUGUCCGCCCGGUUGGACACUGCUGAUCGACACCUGCUACAUGUACGUCGGCGCACCGAUGAGCUUCCGGGAGGCGCGUGACUUCUGUCGUUCGGACAACGCUUCACUGCCGUUCAUCCACGGCGAUGCGAACGCACUGUACACGUUCAUCGAGCAGCAGUCCCGGUAUCUGAGGAGCUACGAACGCGUUUGGGUGCAGGAUGCCAACUACAUCGAUCGGUGCACGUCGUUCCUGUAUCAAAACGUUGAGGUGGAAGAAUGCCACAAUCGGCAUGCGUUUUUGUGUGAAAUAGAUCCGAAGGUUGAAAUUGAUCCACUCCAUUGGACGGCGAGCAUUGAGGUGAUCGGUAUCAUCGUAGCACUGGCCCUGGUUGUUGUCCUGAUUUGCAUAGUGUGUGUGUGCUGGUGCGCCAAAUCUCGCUAUCGGCAGGAUCAACGGUUGCAACGACGCAACAGCAUUCGCCAGAGUAUGCGCAGUUUGAACAGUAUCGAUCAAGGAUCGCUUCGCAGAAGAAAUUAUGCAAUUUCACGUUCCACGGAUACACUGCGAACGGCCACUACGAACGACUAUAAGCGAAUGGCGUCGAACGGAUCGAUAGAAUCCGUCGACAAGAGCGUCCUGAGCACCGAAACGAGUUACGAUAUGUACGAUCACAAGCAGAAACAACAGUACAGCAACGAGUACGCCGAACAGCUUAAAAGUCAACUCGGGUACAGCGAAAGUAAUGGUGCCGCGUCGGAGUACGUGCAGAGCGCAACCGAGGCCAGUCCGGUGAAGACGAAAGUGUACGGUUUGCCCGAGUACAGUAACCACGGGGGUAGCAUCGCACUGGAGCUGGCGUUCCGUAACGAAGGCUUCCGCGAUACGUCCACGACGUACUCGGGGGUGACGCGCAAUAACUCAAUCAGCACUGCCAUCAACGAGGACACGCCGAUCAUACACGCACCUGGCGGGGGUGAAGAUCUCGAGGAAACCGGCUCGGAUUACUACGGUAACUCGAGCACGCUUCCGAUACGUGUGCAGGACAAGCUGUCCUUCCUGCACGAGCUCAAACAACACCUACCAGAGUACGAGCCACCGUCGGCUUCGAUAAGUCACAGCAGUUUUCAACCGGCGCGAACCAGCCAAACGGAAUCGCUAUCCGGUGUGACCAACGGAGGCUCUUCCUACGGCGGUGCUCAGAGAGCAGCACCACCAAGACCGGCCCUACCGGUACUACCACCUCCCCAGAGUCACGUGUAUCAGCAGCCUUCGAUACAGGUGCGUCGACCAGCACCACCACCCGAACCGGAGCAGAUGCGCCGACCCGACUCGUACAUCAAGGCUGUGAAGAAGUACGCCACACCGGGGCGGGAGAGGGACUCAAUACUGCCACCACCCCGCAGCGAUAGCCAACCGCGGCCCAAGACAGUUUACGAGUCGUCCGAGGAGCAUUCGCCGACAACGGACGCCACGAUGACGCUGCCUUCCAGCUCGUCGUCAAGGGCAAACUAUGCGCGCUCGAAAUCGGAAGCCCUGCUGGAGACAAACUUUGACGAUGGAAGUGCGGCUCCACCAAUGCUUAGCUACGACAGCCGCAGCUACUCGCAGCCACUGGAAACUGCAAUGUGAAAACCCGAAAUACCCUUUGGUGUUCAGAGGUGUGAGACUUAGAUACGAAUAGUGCUACACCGUUUUGUGUUGUAAACGUAUUGUACAGUUAGAACUAAGGAAGACGAACGAACAAACGAAAAUGUUGAACAGGUAGCGCUUUAAAGGGAAUAUUUGACCAUUUUCUGUGCCUUUUAUGGUGCUUUCUGCGUGUCUGUGGGAGGGAAAAAUAUUCCACCUUCAAUGCAAGCGGUAUUUUCACCUGAGAAGUCACAAAUAGUAGUACUCUCAGUAGGAUAAUAGUGUAAAGUGUUCAUUUGCAUUGCCACAAUUGAAAGUUGUGAUCAAGUGGAACGAUUUAGCGGUAUAAAAUUUUUUUUUAAAGCAGUUACAAGGGGCCUUUUUCAUCAGCACAACAAGCGAAUACCUGAAGGUGCCUUUGAGAAACACGUUUAUUUUAUUUCCAAACUGUGUUUCAUUUUUUAAUGAUUUUAUUAUAAUGCCCCACUCCUUAGCGCGACAAGCAAACGGCAAAAAGUUUCCAUGACCAAUGCAAAACCCGUUGCAUCACAUAAGGGGUUGGAUCAGUGAGAAAAGAUUUUGGCAUGCGAUUUAUUUAUGCGCGUAACUUACGUGAAAGCAAACUAGUGGUUAGUAGGUAAAUUUAUUGAUUAAACAUUGUUUUAAAAGCCUGAACUCGAGACAUCAUCCUUAAUGCCAAUAAGUUUACAGUGACCAGACAAUUGGACAAAGAACCUACGGUUAAACAUAUACAAUCGUGCUUAGGUAAGAAAAUUUAAGAAAAGCGUUACAAUGUUGUAUUUCUUUUAUGGUCGAUAAAGAAAAGUAUUAGCGUUUAAUUCUUACGAUGGUGCGUUGUUGCGCGGCGAAAUAAAGCAUUAAGCAUUGUGAUCGACUUUACGAAUGAAAAGUA